AUGGCGCCUGCCCAGCGGAGGAAUGCGCAGUCCACUGCCGCCGAGAUCUCUCUUGUACAUCUCAAGAGCUGUCUGGUGAACCUGCCCUCGUCGCUGGUCUCGCUCCUCGUGAACCUCAACACGCCAGCCCAGAAUGUCGUUGUCGAGCUCAGCUACCGCCCGCCCCCGUCCAACCCCUCGGCCCACGCCAAUGGCGCACCCGCUCAGCGCUCCGUCUACGUCGGCUGGACGGGCAUACCCAGCAAGCGCAAGAUGGCCCCUCUGGUUGGUCGCGACGGCAUCGCGGGCGCGCGCGGCGCCGCGAGAGACCAGGAGGUGGCCUCUGUCGAGAUAGACGCUACCUUGGCGGCCACCAUUGGCAUCUCCGACGAGCAAAAGGUCAUGGCCACCAUACACGUCGACCCGCCGCUGGCCCACACUGUCAAUAUCGAGCCGCUUACCCCCGAGGACUGGGAAAUCAUAGAGCUGCACGCAACCUUCCUGGAAUUGAACAUGCUCUCCCAGAUCCGCGCCCUGCCGAACCCGACCUACGCUGCCAGCCCAGGACAACCGCCAGCUCCACACCCGCUUACACUACACCUCUCCCCAACAUCGACUGCCAACAUCAAGGUAUUGUCGCUGGAGCCUGCACCACCCGCCGACUCCCCCUUUGUCAAGAUUGCGCCGGAUGCCGAGGUCAUUGUCGCGCCAAAGACACGAUCGAAGCCCUCCAAGAGCAGCCGCGAAAACCGCAGUGUGGGCGGCACCUCCAGGAGAAGUGGCAAGAGUUCGGCAAGCACCGUGCGCAGGCGUAGCGCCCGUGAAGAGAAGAAGCCUGCCUUGUUCCUCCGGGGCGUGGAGCGCAAGUUUUGCGAGGAAUGGUUUGACGACGACGCAACCGCCGAAGACCUCACAAUAUGGGUUGAUCGGGACCUACUUCUGUCCAAGGAUUUCCGAGGCCUCAACUACGCUGCAGUCAACGUCGUCAAGCCUGCCGGUCUCCAACCUCCCAUCGACCCGCAGACGCAACAACAGGAAGCCGCUGCCAGUAACGAAGGCGUGAAGGCCGUCGAAAAGGUCGUCGCUCAACUCAGGCCAUGGGAUGACCCUCCCGACAGCCAGACUAUCGCCCUGUCUGCGCCCCUGUGCGCCUUACUUGGAUGUUCAGGGAUAGUUGGAGGUGUAGUCAAAGUCGAGCCCGCGCCUCAACCCCUCGCCCCGAACACGGUUCAGCAUCUAAAGAUCUACCCAUUCUUGGCCGACGGAUCGAAAACGUCAGAAGGCCUGCGAUUUGGCGGUGAGUCCAAAGCCGAGAAGGAAGAGGCAGCCAAGACAAUCACAAGAAUAUACAAUACAAGUAAGGGCAAGGGGCUACUAUGUGGCCCUCUGACCGAUGGCAUGGUAUUGCCCGUACAACCCGAACUCGAUAUUCCCCAGGGAUGGGAGGGUGGCAUAAUCAAACUUGAGCCUCCAUCCGUCACUACUGGUACGAAGGAGCCUCUCAACUGGUACCUUGGCUCCGAGCGACAAGUCUCUUUAGACGUGCAAGCGCCCAUCCCCAAACCAGUUUGGCUUGAGGACAAGGGUAAAGAUGAUCUUGCACUCCCGGCUCACUCGAUACUGGUUGGGAUCGACUCUUUGUUAGCCCAGAUCAAGUCUCACCUCUCGCACAUGUCCUCAGUUCUUUUAACAGGAGCAUUGGGAUCCGGCAAAACUUCUGUGGCCCAGACUUUGGCAGACACCUUGCGGCAUGAAUACCUCUACCAUACCACCUACUUUCCCUGUCGAAAACUCGUCAACGAUGAAAGCAGGAUCUCUACAAUCAAGGAGACUCUCAAUAGAGUCUUUAUGGGGGCUAGUUGGGGUGCAAGGCUUGGGGGAAAGGCACUUGUCAUUUUGGAUGAUGUAGACAAGCUCUGCCCAGCGGAGACGGAGCUGCAGGUCGGAAAUGACAAUGGCAGAAGUCGCCAGAUUAGCGAAACCAUCAGCUCAAUCGUACGCCAGUAUUGCGGUCGCGAUAGUGGCGUAGUGCUCCUCGCUACGGCGCAGGGCAAGGAUUCGCUCAACAAUGUCAUCAUUGGAGGACACAUCGUACGAGAGAUUGUGGAUCUCAAGGCGCCAGAUAAGGAUGCCAGGAGAAGAGUCAUGGAGAGAGUGGUAGGCCAACAUACGGUCACUCCAGCAGCAGUAAACACAUACGAUACAGACCACGGUAGUCGGCCAACGACGGCGGAUGGGAGCACUGGAGGAGAAGAUGGCGUCGCGUGGAUGGACGGUGGCAGCCAACCAAGUAGGAGCAACUCCAUGUCCAAGUCGAAGGCUGAAGGUUUCCUCCUGGAUCCAGAGCUGGACUUCCUCGAUCUGGCAGGGGAAACCGAUGGCUAUAUGCCUGGCGAUCUUAUACUGCUUGUGGCCAGAGCGCGCAACGAGGCGCUGAUCCGGUCGGUCAGUGAGAUGGGCUCCAAUAAGGCUUUGGAUGUGAUCCAACUUGGCAGGGUUGAUUUCGAUAAUGCGCUAAAGGGGUUCACUCCGGCCUCUCUCCGAAACGUUACCCUGCAGACAUCGACCACAACGUUUUCUUCCAUCGGCGGACUGCACGAGACACGACGCAUCUUGCUCGAAACACUCCAAUACCCUACAAAAUACGCGCCCAUCUUCGCUCAAUGCCCUCUUCGGCUGCGGUCAGGGUUACUGUUGUAUGGGUUCCCAGGUUGCGGCAAGACGCUACUUGCUUCAGCCGUAGCUGGCGAAUGCGGCUUGAAUUUCAUCAGCGUCAAGGGCCCUGAAAUCCUCAACAAGUACAUCGGAGCUUCUGAGAAGAGCGUCCGCGAUCUGUUUGAGAGGGCCAGUGCUGCAAAGCCUUGCGUGCUCUUCUUUGAUGAAUUCGACUCGAUUGCACCCAAGCGUGGUCAUGAUUCUACUGGCGUUACUGACCGGGUGGUGAACCAGCUACUCACACAAAUGGACGGUGCGGAAGGGUUGAGCGGUGUCUACGUCUUGGCCGCCACCUCAAGGCCUGACCUCAUCGAUCCGGCGCUUCUAAGACCUGGUCGGUUGGACAAGAGUUUGCUAUGCGACUUUCCCGAUGUGGAGGACCGCAUCGACAUACUGAAGGCUCUCGGUUCAAAGAUCAAGCUCUCAGACGAGCUCUCAACUUCCGAAGACGGAUUACGCGAAAUCGGACGCCGAACCGAGGGGUUCAGCGGUGCUGACCUGCAAGCCCUCAUCAGCAACGCGCAGCUUGAAGCCAUCCAUGAUGUCUUGAGCGACGUAGACCUCCAGCCAUCGAGCAAGUCCCGCCAGUCUGCCGCCCCGAAAUCUGGAGCUGGAACCAAGCCGCGGAACUUUAUCCAGUUCCGAUACGGGGCCGACCAAGCACUCGCGGAUGCGAAUGAGAAAGCGGCCAAGGGGUACAACAGGUCGUCCGAGCUAGCCGAGAACGCCGCCAUUGCCGCAAAGCUCCAGGAGAUCAAGCUGGCGCGAAAGAAAGCCAGACAAGCACAGAAGGGCGUCAGUGGCAUGCCCAACGGUACACACAACGAGAAGGGACAAAAGGACAAGGAGGGCUCGGCCGAAGUUGUCAUUGGCUGGAAACAUCUUGUCAAAGCACUCGAAGCGACGCGGGCAAGCAUCAGCUCCCAGGAGAGGAGCCGGCUGGAGAGAAUCUAUCGCGAGUUUGUCGUGGGGCGGAGUGGCGAGAUGAAGGACGGCCAAGGCAGCAUGGAGAUAGGGGGUCGAAGCAGUCUCAUGUAA